AUGAGUAUCAGGCAGCCAAGUCUUCCACCAAGCAAACCAAAUCUCAUUCAUCGAGGUCCGCCUAAACGAUACCGUCUACAUACAGAGAGAAAUGUGCUUGAUGAAUAUGGGAAAGUCAGAAAAUUGACUUUUGGGAAAAAAGAUGGCAGUAAAAUAAAUAAAAUUAUUCUGUUGGUGGGAGAGACCGGUGUCGGUAAGACGACUCUCAUCAACAGCAUGGUCAACUACUUACUGGGAGUGAGGUUUGAGGAUGAAAUAUGGUAUGAAAUCACAGAAGAAGCAGCCAGAGAUCAGUCAGAGUCACAAACCUCUGAAAUCACUAUGUAUGAGGUCUUUCCUGUAAAGAGUCCCAUAUCACUCACUAUCAUUGAUACUCCAGGCUACGGAGACACUAGAGGACUGGAUAAAGAUCUGGAAGUUGCUGAGAAUUUAGCCACUCUGUUUCAGAGCAAUGAUGGAGUUCGUGAAGUCGAUGCCGUGUGUUUUGUGAUUGAAGCAUCGAAGAAUCGUCUCUCAGACAGACAGCAUUACAUUAUCAGUUCAAUUCUGUCUUUGUUUGGAAGAGACAUUGUGAACAACAUUAUGUUCUUAAUCACACACUCUGAUGGUCUGCCACCCAAAAAUGUCAUCGGUGCCAUUAAUAAAGCUAAAAUCCCCUGCAGACGAGACAAAAGCGGCCAACCUGUUCAUUUCUUAUUCAACAACCGGCAGGCUGAUGCACGUCAAAAUGAGAGACGUUAUCUUCGUGCUCAAAGAGAUGCCUGGGAAGACAGCGUGGAAGAGACAAAUAAAUUCCUUCAGUCUCUGAAUGAAAUUAACAGAUGUUGUUUAGAGUUGACUUCAGAUGUCCUGAUGGAGCGCAUUCGAUUUGAAGCAUCCAUCUGCAACUUACAGCUGCGAGUUCAAGAGAAGGAGCUGAAAAAGUCUGAAAAACUUCAGAUUCAGGAGGCAAUGAGAAAAAACAGGGGAAAGAUUGAGGAACGUAUAAACUUUGCAAUUACAUUUAAAAAGACAGUUAAAGCUAAGGUUCCCAUUGAGAGCAAGUCAUGGAAGCACAGGAAGGCAACGACCUGCACUGUCUGUGAGGAAAACUGCCAUGAGUUUGACUGCUGGUGGGGUGCAAAUCCCAGCAAAUGUGAAGUCAUGAAAAACGGUUUCUGCACCGUGUGCACAGGGAAGUGUCAUCACAGCAAACAUGUCAAAGAAAACAAGAAAUACUUCAUCAGAACCUCAAGCAUGACUAUGAAAUUC